AAAAAAGAAUAUAUAAGAACUAGAAAAGAUAUGAAAGAACUAAAGAAAAGCUAAAUAUAAACGAAACAAAGAUAUUAAAAAGAUUAAAAUAAAAGAAAGAAGCAUAAUUUUCUUUAAAAAUUAUAAAUUUAAUUAAAAUCUAUUAAUGACAUCAAAACUUGAAAAAGAAAAGACAAAUAAUCAAGAUUCUAAUUCAAAUAAAUCAAAAAAUCAUGUUUCUACAUGCUUAGUUACACAAGAAAAAGAAAAACAGAAUAAAAAGGAUAAUUCAGAUUUAUAUCAAGAAUACACAGAAAAUAAACUUUUAAAUAAAGUUUGGUCAAUUAAUUCAGAUGAAAAACAACACAUUCUCAUUGGAGUAACAGGAUCAAUAGCAGCUAUUAAAUUGCCUAUUAUUAUUCAAGGUUUAUUGGCAUAUAAAAAUGUUGAAAUUCAAAUCGUUUAUACAUCAUCAGCAAAUCAAUUUUUUGAUUUAGAGGAAAUUAAAAAAUAUGGUAUUCCUAUAUGGACAGAUGGCGACGAAUGGAAGUCAUGGAAAAAAUGUGGAGACCCAAUUUUACAUAUAGAACUUCGCCGUUGGGCACAUCUUCUUCUUUUAACACCUUUAUCAGCAAAUUCUCUUUCAAAAAUAGCAAAUGGCAUUUGCGAUAAUCUUCUUCUUUGUAUUCUUAGGGCCUGGUCUCCUAAUCUUGCAAUUUUUGCAGCACCUUCUAUGAAUACUUUAAUGUGGCAACAUCCUCUUACCAAGAGACAUAUUCAAUUUAUACACGAAACACUACCAUAUAUAAAGUUUAUAGAACCUAUAGAAAAAACGCUUGCUUGUGGUGAUACUGGCAUAGGUGCAAUGGCAGAGCCUACUGAAAUUAUUAAUCGAGUUGUACAACAUUUAGCAUUACACACGUGA